GCUCUUUGCAGGGUCAUUUUUUAUGACAAGGAUCAACCACCAGUUCUAGGAUUAGUAUCUUCUUGGAUUGGAUCCUCAGGUGCUAGGCCUAUAUAUAGCCACAUUAUAUGCCAGUGGCAAAACCACUACUAGCACGCAAAUUUGGCCAGCAGAUCGCAACACCACUCCUUAAUUAGACAGCAACCAGCCACCUACUUCCCGCCCUAGGCUUCGAUCCAAAUCAAGACAACACAUUGAUCUGCAGGUUGCAGAAUGGAGAGAACACUGAUCACCUCUAACCUCUCCAUGGCUGCGCAUCCUUCAAGGUCGUCUGGGAGAGUUCACUACAUCUCCCCUGCAGCCUCUGCUGCUGCACAGAACUCCAGCUACAACAGGAAGAAGAGCACCCCGUCCCGACCACCGCCGUCGGCCGCCGCAACCGCCACCGUCGUCACCUCCCCUCCUCCAGCCACUGACAAUGCUCAGCCCGCCGCUCCGAAGCAGGCCGAGCAGCAGGAGAAGGGAGAGCGCGUGGCGGCCAAGACCACCACUUCAAGAACCGCUACCGCAAGAGCAAGGGCGCCGACGAGCCAGGCUCUGGCCCGGCCUCGCCGCCGCCCUGCCCCGGCGGCCGCGUCCCUGCCGAUGGCGUUCUGCAGCGCGCUGGAGGAGGCGAUCAACACGUUCGUGGACCCGCCGGCGCUGCGGCCGUCGGUGGACCCGCGGAACGUGCUGUCUGCCAACUGGGCUCCCGUCGACGAGCUGCCGCCGACGCCCUGCCCCGUCGUGCGCGGCGUCAUCCCACGCUGCCUCGCCGGUGGGGCCUACAUCCGCAACGGGCCCAACCCGCAGCACCUCCCGCGCGGGCCGCACCACCUCUUCGACGGCGACGGCAUGCUGCACUCCCUGCUCCUCCCGGCGGCGGACUCGCCGCCGUCGGCCGACCCCAUUCUGUGCUCGCGGUACGUGCAGACGUACAAGUACAUCGUGGAGCGCGACGCCGGCGCGCCGGUGAUGCCGAACGUCUUCUCCGGCUUCCACGGCCUGGCCGGGUUCGCGCGCGGCGCCGUCGUGGCGGCAAGGGUGCUGACGGGGCAGAUGAACCCGGCCGAGGGCGUGGGGCUCGCCAACACCAGCCUCGCCUUCUUCGGCGGGCGCCUCUACGCGCUGGGCGAGUCAGACCUCCCCUACGCCGUGCGCGUCGACCCGGCCACCGGCGAGGUGACCACGCACGGCCGGUGCGACUUCGGCGGCCGCCUCUUCAUGGGCAUGACCGCGCACCCCAAGAAGGACCCCAUCACCGGCGAGGUCUUCGCGUUCCGCUACGGGCCCGUCCCCCCGUUCGUCACCUACUUCCGGUUCGACGCCGCCGGGAACAAGGGCCCCGACGUGCCCAUCUUCUCCGUGAUGCAGCCGUCGUUCCUGCACGACUUCGCCGUCACCGAGCGUUACGCCAUCUUCCCGGAGAUCCAGAUCGUGAUGCAGCCCAUGGGCAUGGUGGCCGGCGGCGCGCCCGUCGGAUCGGACUCCGGCAAGGUGCCCCGGAUCGGCGUGCUCCCCAAGUACGCCACGGACGAGUCGGAGAUGCGGUGGUUCGAGGUGCCGGGCUUCAAUAUCAUGCACACGCUGAACGCGUGGGAGGAGGCCGGCGGCGACGAGCUGGUGCUGGUGGCGCCCAACGUCCUGUCCGUGGAGCACGCGCUGGAGCGCAUGGAGCUCGUGCACGGCUGCGUCGAGAAGGUGCGCAUCGACCUGCGCACGGGCGCCGUGUCGCGCACCCCGCUCUCGGCGGGGAACCUCGACUUCGGCGUCAUCCACCCGGGCUACCUCGGCCGGCGCAACCGGUACGGCUACUUCGGGAUCGGCGACCCCAUGCCCAAGAUCAGCGGGGUGGCGAAGCUGGACCUGGAGCGCGCCGGCACUGGAGACUGCACCGUGGCGACGCGGGACUUCGGGCCCGGGUGCUUCGCCGGGGAGCCCUUCUUCGUGCCCGACGACGUGGAGGGGGACGGCAACGAGGACGACGGCUACGUGGUGUGCUAUGUCCACGACGAGCGCACGGGGGAGAACAGGUUCGUGGUGAUGGACGCGCGGUCGCCGACGCUGGACAUCGUCGCCGAGGUGCAGCUGCCCGCACGCGUCCCCUACGGCUUCCACGGCCUCUUCGUCACGCAGGCCGAGCUCCAGGCGCAGCAGCGAUGGUCGGAGCAUACCAGGAGCACAGAAUUCCAAGAGAAAACACACACAAACUGAAUACUGAAUUGGUCAUAGUAUGAACAAAACUCUAGGCCAUAUAGCAUUCGAGUGUACGAAUUGUUGUAUUGUAAAUGUAGCAUAACCCAUAAAAGGGUUUCGUGAGUUGAUAUGUUGAAACACAAAGAUUUUAACGAGUUUUUACUAGAGUAUAUACAAGGUUCA